AUGGCAAGCGGGGCGAAAGACGACGAACGAGCGACAAGAGCGAGAGGAGGACCGGGGAGGAACCAUGAAGACAAGGAGAAAUAUGACCCUUAUCCUUCCUCCUAUGCCUUCCACCCUUCGUGUUGUGUAGAUGGUGUAGAUGCUCGGGCAUAGGCGGAGCUACAGUUGAACUCUGCUUUUCCGUUUAAUCGGCAUUUGUAGCGUGGAUGUGAACUUGACAUUUGUCGACAGUUGGUUUCUGUUUGAUGUAAUUUUGCUGCGAGACGUGGACCUACAACUAAUUCGUAAAAAUGAGCCGCCGAAGACCUCAUGAAGAGGAAGAUGGUUAUGAACGAGCCUACAAGAAGAGACGACGUGUGUCAGAAAAUCAGGAAAUUGAAGAUCGCUUGGAAUCAUUGAUUCUCAGAGUGGGAGAAAAGAGUACAUCAUCUUUGGAGAGCAAUUUGGAGGGUUUGUCAAGUGUUUUGGAAGCUGACCUCGGAUCAUUUAGAGGGAAAAUCCUCAGAAUACUAACGGAUUGUGCAAUGAAAAUGCCUGAAAAGUGUACCAUAUACACCACUCUUGUCGGACUACUAAAUGCCAAAAAUUAUAAUUUUGGUGGAGAGUUUGUGGAAUAUAUGGUAAGAAAUUUUAAAGAAGCCCUGAAAGGUUGCAAGUGGAAUGCUGCUCGUUAUUCUCUACGAUUUCUCGCAGAUUUAGUCAACUGUCAUGUCAUAUCUGCUGCUUCACUCCUUCAGUUACUGGAUAACAUGGUAGAUGCAGCUAAAGAGGAUGGGGUUCCACAAGUGAGAAAAGAUUGGUAUGUAUAUGCUGUUCUUUCGACUCUUCCAUGGGUUGGACGAGAGUUGUAUGAGAAGAAAGAACAAGCGUUGGAGCACUUGUUAGUGUCCAUUGAGGUGUUUCUUGGCAAACGCCACAAGAAACAUCAUGCUGCUUUGAGAGUUUGGACUUCAGAUACUCCUCACCCACAAGAAGAGUACUUGGACUGUUUGUGGGCCCAAAUUCGCAAAUUGCGACAGGAUAAUUGGGCUGAGAAACACAUUCCAAGACCAUAUUUAGCAUUUGACAGCAUUCUUUGUGAAGCUCUACAACAUAAUUUGCCCACUAUUUUGCCACCACCUCAUCAUGCUAGCUAUCUGUAUCCUAUGCCAUCUGUUGUAUUCCGCAUGUUUGACUAUACUGAUUGUCCAGAGGGUCCCAUUCUUCCUGGAGCACAUUCCAUUGAGAGUGCUGCACAUUUACUAAACUUCCCUUACAAAGAGAAAAUUCCUCUUGACUAUUCCAUUGUUGAAAUUAUUUUUGCUGAGUUAUUUCACAUGCCAAAUCCAAGGUUUGUCAAUUGGUUUUCAUACCACUUGAGCAACUUCCAGUUCCGUUGGAGUUGGGAUGAUUGGGAAAGCUGCUUGCAACUGGAUCCAGAGCAUCCAAAACCAAAAUUUGUUCGUGAAGUGUUGCUGAAGUGUCUCAGGUUGUCUUAUCAUCAGAGAGUGAAAGAUAUGAUGCCAGAAUCAUAUGAGCCUCUCAUUCCAGUGAAGCCUGAACCUCAGUAUAAGUACACAGCUGAAGGAGCAGGAUCAUUGCCAGGAACUGCUGCUGCUCAUCAGUUGGUUGUGUCUAUAAGGCAGAAAUGUACACCUGAAGAAGUUCUCAAUGUACUGAAAGAUCUCCCAAAUCCUAGUACUGAUGAUGAUGAUGCAGAUUCCCGAUGUAAUCCCUUAAAAAUUGAUGUUUUUGUUCAAACCCUUUUAAAUCUUGGAGCAAAGAGCUUUUCUCAUUCCUUUGCUGCAAUUUCAAAGUUUCAUUAUGUUUUUAAAAUCUUGGCUGAAUCGGAAGAAGCUCAAAUAUGCAUUUUGAGAAACAUGUUUGAGUUAUGGCAGACCCAUCAGCAAAUGAUGUGUGUGCUGGUGGAUAAAAUGUUAAAAACACAGAUUGUGGAAUGCUCUGCUGUAGCAAAUUGGAUCUUUUCUAAGGAGAUGACUGGAGAAUUUACGAAGUUGUACCUUUGGGAGAUUUUACAUUUGACAAUCAGGAAAAUGAACAAGCAUGUUAGUAGACUCACCCGUGAGCUGGCAGAUGCCAGUGAAAGAAUAAGACGAGCAGAAAGCGAUAGUGAUGAAUCAGAUGAUGAUGCAGAUGGCAGUAAUAACAACUCGCGAAAAGGUGAUGACCGUGAGAAGCCAUCUGAAGAAAUGAGAUUUAUUAUGAUACUGUCUGAGCAUUUAGUUCGAAGUGACACAGACGGAAAAGACUUUAAUACGCAUUGGUAUAAAUGGACAAUUGGCAGACUGCAACAAGUCUUUUUAGCUCAUCAUGAACAGGUUCAGAAGUAUAGUUCUACCCUUGAAACACUUCUUUUCACUCAGGAUCUUGACCCUCAUAUAUUAGAUAUCAAUAAGGUCUUGCACGUCAUCUUUGGAACCCAAAAAUAUAGUUUGAAUAUUACCUUGGGAUCUUUCUUGUUUUUCACGUAUUCUGUUACUGCUUCAUCCCAUAAA